AUGUUUGGAAUAAAAGUGAAUACACAAUUGCUACCGCUGAAAAUGUGCUACUUCCUCAUAUUUGCAUGUUUAGCACCUAUAGCUGGAUUUUUGCCCACAAUAGCGAGACAAUUGGGAUACUCGAUGACGACUUACGGCGCAGCCAUGACGUUUAUGUCGAUGAUCUCGAUGGUAGUCGUGCCUCUGUCAGGUGUCAUAGUCGACAAAUUUCGGAUAAAAAAAAAGUUAUUCUUAGUGUCCAUAUUCGGCAUAGGAGUGGUUUCGAUAUUGUUCUUAUUCGUACCGAAAGUACCUUUGGAAUUGGCCAAAAUCGAAUUAAAAUGCGACGCACAAACAACGACAAUGACCGUUGUAAACGAGAACAAUAAUUUGCAAACUACGAGCAACUUCACGUAUUAUACUGCAGUUGCGAACCACACCAGCGGCGCUGAGCUGAUGACGUGCAAGUUAAAUUGUCAAUAUGCAGAGUUGUGCAGUGCAGGCUUUGAAAUAAAUAAUCUACAAACCCAAUCUGACUUGAGCUAUGUGUGGAUGAGGACAGCCAACGAAAGUCAAAAUAAAUUCAACCAGAUUGACUUGGCACUAAUACCAAAAGACUUAGAACAGACGGAAGAGAAUGCAAAUUCGUACGUCUUUCAAGUGUUAUCUGUUCAAAUAAAUGGCACUCAAAUACGUACACCGAUCUGUCAAUGUCAUUUGAAAACAUUUUGUCAUAUCGCAAGCUGUUCAAACGAUAAAAUAAUGGAAGCGGCUACCGUCACAACGUACAGAGGAAACGUUCUUAACUUGUAUCAGUUUUGGAUUUUUUUCGGGCUCUUGGCUACGCAUUGGUCUUGUUAUUUGAUUUCGAUUGCAUUUAUAAAUCCUAUUUGUCUCGACAAUUUGGGAGACAAAUCUGCAGAGGAUUUCGGAAGACAAAAAUGUUGGAGCUCGAUCGGUUGGGGUAUUUUUUCUAUAUUCAUUGGGUGGCUCGUGGAUGUAUUUAGUUUCAAUAAAAAGGAUAAAGAUUAUUCUCCCGUAUUUUACUGUAGUGCUUUAAUGAUGGCUUUGAAUUUAGGAGUAGUUAAAACAAUCAAAGUUGUUGAAACGAGCAAAUCCGAAGAUCGAUGGAAAAACAUGGGUGGGCUGUUCACUAAAUAUUACAUGAUCACAUUUUGCAUAUGGUCAAUAUUCAACACACUUCUCCAUACAAUCGUCACUAACUUUCUGUUCUGGUACAUGGAAGAUAUGGUCUCUGCUAACAACGACCACAGUCAACGGGCGUGGCUGAAAACGCUCCAAGGUCUAGCCCAGGGCAUCCAGUGUUUCGGCGGUGAGAUACCAUUUUUCUUCUGGUCCGGUUGGAUAAUCAGAAAGAUCGGUUACGGCAAUUGCAUGGCCUUAGUGAUGGGAUCCAUGGCCAUCAGGAUGUAUCUCUACACUGUCAUAUGGAAUCCAACGUGGGUCAUUGCGAUAGAGUUGCUGAACGGCGUGUCGUACGCGUUGGGAUAUUCGGUGAAAAUGUCAUACGCUAAAAAGGUGGCGCCUCCCGACACGCUAAACACCAUAAUUGGGUUUAUGGGAUUUUUCGACUGCGUUGGUGAUUCUAUAGCCAGUCUAGUGGGCGGAUAUUUAUUCGAUACAUAUGGUGGAGUGUGGUCGUUCCGAUUUUUCUCCUACAUAGCUGUCUUCGCGUGCUUUCUAAGCAUAGUAACCAAUUGUUUUGGAUUGACAAAGGAAUCUAUUACUUUAAAAGAAAAUGCAGAGUCGACGAACACGGAUCUCAAAAUUGCCAAUAAUAAUACUGAUAAAAAAAUGUGA